GCGCGUGGUGGCGCGUGGGAGAGCCGGGGGUGGGGGCGGGAGACUGGGUUUAGUAGGAGACCUGCGGGCCGGGGCCGCCUUUGGACGCCCAUCUGCCAGCUUCUCUCUCUUCGUGGAUUUGGAGGAGCUGUGGCGACCUCGACCUCCAGUGUCUCCAGCGGAGUGAAGCGGCAGUAGCGGCCGAGAUGGUGUUGCUGGGCUUACUGCAGGCGGGAGGGUCGGUGCUGGGACAAGCGAUGGAGAAGGUGACAGGUGGCAACCUUCUGUCCAUGCUGCUGCUCGCCUGCGUCUUCACCCUGUGCCUGGUCUACCUGCUCCGCCUCGCCGUCGGCCACUUAGUCCAUCUAGUCCAGCUGCCAGCUGGGGCGAAAAGUCCACCGUACAUUUUCUCUCCAAUUCCAUUCCUUGGGCAUGCCAUAGCAUUUGGGAGAAGUCCAAUUGAAUUUCUAGAAAAUGCAUAUGAGAAGUAUGGACCUGUAUUUAGUUUCACCAUGGUGGGGAAGACGUUUACUUACCUUCUGGGGAGUGAUGCUGCUGCACUGCUUUUUAAUAGUAAAAAUGAAGACCUGAAUGCAGAAGAUGUCUACAGUCGUCUGACAACACCUGUGUUUGGGAAGGGAGUUGCAUAUGAUGUGCCUAAUCCGGUUUUCUUGGAACAGAAGAAAAUAUUAAAAAGUGGCCUUAACAUAGCCCACUUUAGGCAGCAUGUUUCUGUAAUUGAAAAAGAAACAAAGGAAUACUUUCAAAGUUGGGGAGAAAGUGGGGAAAAAAAUUUAUUUGAAGCUCUUUCUGAGCUCAUAAUUUUAACAGCUAGCCAUUGUUUACAUGGAAAGGAAAUCAGAUGUCAACUCAAUGAGAAGGUGGCACAGCUGUAUGCAGAUUUGGAUGGAGGUUUUAGCCAUGCAGCCUGGCUGUUACCAGGUUGGCUGCCUUUGCCUAGUUUCAGACGCCGGGACAGAGCUCAUCGAGAGAUCAAGAAUAUUUUCUAUAAAGCAAUCCAGAAACGCAGACAGUCUGAAGAAAAAGUUGAUGACAUUCUGCAAACUUUACUAGAUUCUACAUACAAGAAUGGAUGUCCUUUGUCAGAUGAUGAAGUCGCAGGGAUGCUUAUUGGACUGCUCUUGGCAGGGCAGCAUACAUCCUCAACUACUAGUGCCUGGAUGGGCUUCUUUUUGGCCAGAGACAAAACACUUCAAGAAAAAUGUUAUUUAGAACAGCAAACAGUCUGUGGAGAGGAUCUGCCUCCUUUAGCUUACGACCAGCUCAAGGAUCUAAAUUUACUUGAUCGCUGUAUAAAAGAAACAUUAAGACUCAGACCGCCUAUAAUGACUAUGAUGAGAAUGGUCAAGACUCCUCAGACUGUGGCAGGAUAUACCAUCCCUCCAGGACAUCAGGUGUGUGUUUCUCCUACUGUCAAUCAAAGACUUAAAGACUCAUGGGUAGAACGUCUGGACUUUAAUCCUGAUCGCUACUUACGAGAUAACCCAGCAUCAGGAGAGAAGUUUGCCUAUGUACCAUUUGGAGCUGGGCGUCAUCGUUGUAUUGGGGAAAAUUUUGCUUAUGUUCAGAUCAAGACAAUUUGGUCCACCCUCCUUCGUUUAUAUGAAUUUGAUCUCAUUGAUGGAUAUUUUCCCACUGUGAAUUAUACAACUAUGAUUCACACCCCUGAAAACCCAGUUAUCCGUUACAAACGAAGAUCACAGUGAGAAAGGCUGCCAGGAACUAAUAAUGUGAUACAUCACUGUCAGCUGCCAAAGCACUUGAAGAGAAUGGAGUUUAUGAAA